AAGCAACAAAACGCGCAUCCAAACUCAACAUUCAAAAAGCUUUUAAGGUUAUGAACAUGGUUAUGAAACGAUAGUAUAGUUCCGUAGCUGCUCACCCUAGCGCUGCAAUCUCAUUUUGCAACACGACCUCUUGAGGCAUAGCCACAGAACACUAAUAUAGUCGAUACCGAUCUGUGAUCAAGCUGAAAUAUGCUUAACAUAAAACAUAACAAAAAUUCUUUGGACUGAAGCUCCUGAAAUACUGAAAAUGAACAAAAAUCUACCCCCGAUUUAAUUGGUGACAUUAGUUUUGUUGGUCCCGACCAAAUUGGUUUAUCAGCGCAUGCUCUGUGCUCAUGCGCAUUAUGCUCGUCUAUGCCUUAGCUUGGGUACACGUUUCUGAAUUGAAAUUGAUCUCAUUUCGCGUCUUCGAUUAGUGUAGGGUUGAGAUGUCGUCUGGCUUCGAAAGAACUUUGUGAAUUGGUGAGUUCUUGUGGAAGAUGGCAGAUAGCCGGCCGGCUAGAACAUCACAAGGAACUGAUAUGAUGGAAUUUCUACGCUUUCCAGACGCGAUCGAGUAUGAUCAGAUUGUAAAAAAUUGUAAUCGUCUUGCGAGGCCCAUUGGCAGCCGUUCGGUCACCAACAAAUGCUACGUUCUGCUUUGGAAAGCGACAUAUUUUGCAGCAUCGGUAUUUAUCGGUGUUCAGCAUGUACUUGAUACAUUAGAGGGAAUGAAAAACGAACCUGUGCCGUGUUUGGUGAUGUUAGCUGCUGAUGCCUUCAUAGAUGCUGAUAUGACAUUAAUCGUUGAAAGUUGUAAAGUGAGAGUUAUUCCAUAUAUUUUCAUUCCUAACAGAAAAGCAAUGCGAGAUGCUUUAAGUGUAGAAAAUGACGUUUUGGCGGUAUUGAUAGCCUUCAAUCAUGAUCCAGGAAUGCGAAGAGAAUUUGAGGAUUGUUUCGUCAGCAUAAGAUCACAAUGCUUCAGAAGUAAGAAGAAGCGAAGGCGUGUUCGUGGUACCCAUCCUCCAACAUCUGUAUCUGUACCACCUGAGAUUGGACCAAGGGGAGAAAUGCCACAACAGGUGACCACACAAGUAUCAACUAGGCCCUCGGGAGAAAUUAUUUCCCUAAUUCACGGACCUGAAAGCAGCUCAGAUUCUGACUGGAUUACAAUCAGUACCGAUAGCGACUCUGAAUCAGAACAAGAAAAAUCGAAGGAUUUCAGCGUUAAUGUGCCUGAUGAAAGUGGGAGCACCUUCCACGAGUACGUGCGAAUCCCUUCCCCUACGCCAGCACCAUCCCCUUCAGAAAUGGUUGCCCAUCAGAGGCCAGAAGUGCCUUCAUCUACAGUUGGAGGAACUUCCACAGCGUGCUCUAGCGAUGAAUCUGUCAGACCAGGCCCGAGUAGAGAAUUCUUGACGCCCCCAAUGAAACGUCGCCAACAUACUCCUCAUAAGCAAGCUACUUGGCCAAUAGCGUUACCUUAUGCGCCCAAAGAGGAUUUUGACGACGAGAAGAUUAGAAUGUACUUGCAAACAAUUUGUAGGAAGAAGAAGAAGUUACGACUUAGGACAAAAACUUCUGUUCCUCCUACCUGCACAAUGCCACAGUCCCCAUUAGCUCAGAAGUAUAUGCACAACUCUUCUCAACCUUCGACAUCGGGACAAUAUACCUCAGUCCCACAAACAACAUCUCAAGAAGAACCGAUUGAUGUCGAUGCGGAUGAUAUCUCUUUCCAGUGGACGAUGGAUGACCUUUCAUCUACUUCGAAUGAGCAAUUGAUCGAUCUCACUUCAAGUCCAAUUAACGAUUCUGAUAAAAUCCACGAAAUAAGCAGUAGUGACGAUGAUGUUUUGAUGAUUGAAGAAUCCUCAAAUAUUGGUAAUGACGGAGCUGCUGGUGAUGGGAAUAUAUGCUCUUUAAAUUCAUCCACAUCGUCCUCUUCAGCAUCUACGGCCACUCUAGAUAUGACAACUGGCGAAGAAGCGUAUUCAUCGAGGUACAGUGUGCAUCCAUCCGAGCCAUUUCUAGUAGGAGACUCUGCAGCAAAUCACCCUACUUUUGGCAUGAACGUGGAAUCUUCUCAUGGUCUAGGUGACUUUUGUAUUGGGCCAUCAUCCGCUCGAUCGAGCGAUACCCAAGCAAGUACUUCGUCAUCGUCUGGAGAUGUGAUUAAUCUUCAACCCUCAUCAUCUACAUUGUUUGCAUUCAGUGAUACACCAUCUAAUGCUUCCCUAUCUGGAGAAUCUUCUGCUGCACAUGCCACCCCUACGGAAUCUGUUCAUGAGAUGGCAGUUCCUUCUUCAUCUAGGGAUUUGAAUGAUGGCCCUAGUAGAUCUGUCGACUUGAUUAAUGCACAAGCUGGACCAUCCAGUGGUGUUGGAGAUGUACCAGCCGUUCCCUCAAAUUCUGGUGAAUUGGGCGACGCAGCAGCCGCUUCGUCUUCAUCACGUGCAGCCGGAGUUGGAGAUGGGGGGGGAAGUCGUCGCAUGGGAAUGUCGCACCCUUCAGCUUUUGGAGAUGUUGGCAUUGGUGAUGGUUAUACCUGGCCCAUACGUUCGUACAAUCGUAAUACACGCAGAAGAAUUCCUCAUAGAGUUACUGGUACUGGAGAAGGUGGUCCAUCUCCUUUCAUGCCAACAACAUUCAGUUUCAUAUUUGCUCCACGUAUAGUGUAUACUGCCGCAGCUACAGAAGAUGGGAUGAGACGGGGUGCAUGGAACGUUCCUCCAGGUCAGCAAGGCUUUCCCACAGAGGAGGAUCUCCUUGAUAUUCCUUUCCCUCUUGAUGAAGACAGUCCACGAAGCGACGAAAAUUCAAAUCUACAAAGCUCCAGAUCUGAGGAUGUAAUUGCUUCAGAUGAAGAGGAUAAUGAGUCAUCGGAAGAAUCUGACCUGUCGCCCGAAGAGGAGAAUGUUGAACCGCCUAGCCCAUUCGAGUUCUCAGAGUAAUAGGUACCUACACUACUGUAUAUUGUUAUUAUUCACUUCGAAGGGAAUAUUCUAGUAUCCGUAGUAUAGAAUUAAUUUAAAAUUUUGUUGUUGUUUAUCGUUGUGUUGGUGUUGUCAUGUUCAAAUUCAAGAAUUAUAAUGGAAAAUGAAAAAAUAGAAAAAAAAAUAUAUAAUGAAAAAAAACGAAAAAAAAAUAGUUCUGUUUCGUUAAGUUUUAUAACUAUAUGUACGUUUAUAAGAUGAUAUUUUCUCAGGCUAAAGUUAUUCUUCUAGUUCUUAGUCGUGUACUUAACACGAGAAACAAUUGUAUUCGACUUUGCUUCAUAUAUAUAAUCGGAAAACGCUCGAAUUGAAUUUUUCGCAUGCAACGUUUUUAUUAGAUUUUGCUUGGUCUGCUUUGAAGACGAAAUUGUUGAGAAGGUAAUACAAUAAUCAAAAUAUUUUCGUUCGAUAUAUGUAUCGAAUUCUGCUUGUUUGGUCGCAUGUUGGCCUUGUUGAAACCUAGUUGGCAAAAUAUAUUUCUUGGAAUUUCGGAUAUAUACUAUGUCAGGUUGCAACUUAAAUUGUUUGAAAUAUCAUAUAUUGAGUUUCAAACACCCAAUUGAGGUUAUAAUAUCAUUGGUUCUCAAUAAAUGUUUGACGGAUCGAAGUAUUAAUAAUUUCGUCAUUAUUUUGUGGAUAUUUCAAUACUGUCCCUUGAAAAAAUCACUCGAAUAAUACACUUUUCAAAGUAUUUCAAAUCUUAUAUCUAAUCAUAAAUAAUUAUUUUCCAGCAUCAGUCUAAAAAUUUUUACUUUAUUCUACAAAGCUUUGAAUUGUGCGAUUAUCUAGUUUUUUUGCUUUCAAUUGGGUAGCAGUGCUCUUCUUUUUUUUGUGUUUCAUUUAAUUGUUCAGACGAAUUUAUGUACCUUGUAUAAUUAUCUGUAACUGAAAUAUUGCUUACUGAUACUAUGCUGUCUUUCGCCAUUUCCUUAGUUUUUUCUCAAUAAAGUUUUUUGAAUUAUCAUUCUUUUAUAUUUCAAAAUGAUGAAUUGACUCUUUAUUUCUGGAUUAUUAUUAUCGGGUAUUGUUCUAGUUCUGAAACAUAACUGAGAAGCAAUAUAUUUGAACACCCUGUAUGUAUUUGAAUAAAGCAGAUAAAAUUUUAUGCAGUGAAUUUAGGAUCAUAUCUGGUGAGAUUAAGGUCUUUUUUUCAAUCAACCAUGCUUUUAUCUAUCAUAAGAUGAAUGAUUGCCCACAUUCUUAUACCUACUAACUAAUAUAAUCUCUAGUAGGUAUACUCAAUAUUUCCGAACGUACAUAUUAAUGAUGAGAUGAAAACUGAAAAAGGCGGUAGAGGUGAAUGUCGAAAUUCACAAGACAUUCAGAAAAUCCCAUCGUCUUGCGCCUUUUUGAAUUUGAAGGAAACUUUCAAAACGAAACUUAUGGUUGGACCUUCAUACUCGCCAAAUCAAUCGUCAAGUUAAAUAGACUCGUCACAAUAUCAAAAUUAUAUAUUGUUAUUAAUAAGGAUGAUUUGAGAAAUACAGUAAUCGAAAUGAUUA